CAGUCGGUCAUAGGGAAGUGUUGAGUGUGGGGCGUCGCGCGGGGCCAGGCAAGGCUCCACCCGCAGGGCACUAACAUGCCCACACCCGUUGACGAAGGGCACUAACAUGCCCACACCCGUUGACGAAGUGUACCAACAUGGCCACACCCGCUGACGCUGUGCUCGGUGGUGUGUCAUGCUGGCACAGUCAUGCAGAAAUAACAUUGGGUGUUGGCACACCAGGCAAGAAUCACUGAAUGUUGGCACGCUCUUACGAGAAUAACAUUGAUAGUUGUGGAGAGUGGCACAAUGGUAACAAAGGCUCAGUCGGGGUAGUCAUUGAUACGUUUCAAUAUGUUGUAUACUGUAUAAAAAGAAAAUAUUGUAUUGUGUAAUAAUAGCAAUUAUCAAAACAAAAAAAAAAAAAAAAUAUCCCCAGUUUAACAAACUCUUUAGAAAAAAAUAUGAAGAUGAAAAAAAAUUUAUAAUGUAAAAUGUUCACACUUGCUAGUGAUGGUGAGCACCAUGGUAAUAGUAAGUCCACCCACUCAUCAGGCAGGCUAGUUAAAAUGUAAAGUUUCCUGAAGAUAUCGUGCGCAUUUAAUUGUCAGUGUUUCGUUAAGCUACUAAUAAUGUAAAUGUUGUCCAUCAACGUUAUACAAAAGCGACACUGGCGUUAUAAUACUGUGUGAGGAAAUCUGUCUGGUAAAUACAUAACUGCGGGGCUUAGAGUGUUUCUGGAGAAGUGAGGAGUUGCGGCACUUAGCUGAAGUCUGAGUACACUGAAUAACUUAGUGAAUGUCUGAUGGUCUUGUUUAGUCAUGGUAUCCACACUGCACAUCACCCUCAGCUACAACCAGCCGGGUGCUCAAAGCUUGGGCCGCAGUGUAUCCUGCGAGGAGACCAAUCUUGUGGGCUUCACUGCUCCCACUCUCUCUACUACCUCCAAAAACAACUCUCUCUCCACCUCCAGCGUGCUCAAUGCUACAAUACCCCUCUCUAGACCUAAACCUUCAUCGGUCCAAAAUCUUCUGGCCCCAACGCCUUACAGCCCAACGUUAGCUCUAAAAUCACCGUCCUGGUCGCCUGUUAGAUUUAAACCUAAGUCAAUAUCAGAGCCGCUGAAGAACUCAGAUACUGCAGCGUCGAAGACUGAUAUCGUAGUAAGCUGUGAUAAGAGUGCUGCAGGAAGAACUGCGGGGGCUUCACGCAUCGUUAGUAACAAGCUAGCCACUCUUGUGGCCCACUGGUCUUCGGCCGAUACUUGGCUCGCAGACCCGACCAAGUUAACUCAGGGACCCUCCUUUAGAUCUAUUUCUAAGUCUUCAAGUGCUAGUCAGGUGUUCUCUUCACCGGCUUCUCGAGGGCUUUCUGCUGGUGCUGCUGACAGCUUAUCUCAAAGCUUCAGACUGUCUGCCCAUACUCAAGCACCAUCUACGUCUACCCAAGCGUCACCUACAUCUACCAAAGGGACAUAUACAUCAACACAAGAAACAUGUAGAUCUACCAAAGAGCCAUCUAGAUACGUGAAACAGCCGUCUAAAUCUACCAAAGAGCCAUCUAGGUCCAUUCAUGCGCCAUCUGUAUCUACCAAGGAGGUAUCUAGAUCUACCGAAGAACCAUCUAGAUCUACCAACGAGCCAUCUAGCUUUAGCCAAUCUCCAUUUAAAUCCAAUCAAGAACCAUCCCUAUCUACCAAAAAGAUAUCUAAAUCUACUCAAGAGUUCCAAGAGUCCUCUAACUCUACCCAGGGGCCAUACAGAUCUACCAAAAAGUCAGCUAGAACUACCCAUAAGUCGUCUACUUCUGCCCAAGCUGCAUCUUCAUCUUCCAAAAAGAUAUCUACAUCUACCAAGAAAUCAUCUAGAUCUGUUUCUGAAGAGUCAUCUACUGCAGCUGUCCAAGGACCAUGUACUGCAGCUGUCAAAGAACCAUCUACUGCAGCUGUACAAGGACCAUCUACUGCAGCUGUCAAAGAACCAUCUACUGCAGCUGUCAAAGGACAAUCUACUGCAGCUGUACAAGGACCAUCUACUGCAGCUGUACAAGGACCAUCUACUGCAGCUGUGCAAGGACCAUCUACUGCAGCUGUUAAAGGACCAUCUACUGCAGCUGCCCAAGGACCAUCUACUGCAGCUGUGCGAGGACCAUCUACUGCAGCUGUUCAAGGACCAUCUACUGCAGCUGUCCAUGAAACAUCUGCAGCUGUCAAAGGACCAUCUACUGCAGCUGUCCAUGGAACAUAUACUGUAGCUUUCAAAGGACCAUCUACUGCAGCUAUCCAUGGACUCUCUAGUUCUACCCAAGGACCAUCCAGCGCUACCCAAGGACCAUUUAACAGUGCUCAAGGACAGUCUCCUAGCACUAUCCAAGGACAGUCUCCCAGUACAAUCCAAGAACAGCCUCCCAGUACAAUCCAAGAACAGCCUCCCAGUACAAUCCAAGGACAGUCUACCAGUGCUACCCAAGGACAGUCUCCCAGCAGUGGCAGAAAGCAGCUUCUGGGAGACACGGCUUGGCUGUGUGUCAGCAGUCCUGGGUCCGCCUCCAGUUCCUCUCCAGUGUCUCCAUCCACACCUUGGAGGCACUUGCCGAACCGCCUCAACUCCAGCUUAUGCCAACGCUUUGAAAAUAGUGUGCAUAGUGGUCGUGGGAGUAAGGGCGUGGGCGGGGGUGUGGGCGGGGGUGUGAUGGAGGAUGGCGCGCCCCACGCCCCCGUAGGUGCCCGCGUCGUUACUGCCUCCGUCCCUCGCAAGGCCACCUCCCUCCCGGGUUACUACAGCCGAGGCUCCUCGCACCAGCAGCAGCAGCCCUCCUUCCGUGAUGCCUUCAACACUAGCAAGAGUACUGCACCUGUCCCCCGCCAUGAUGCUGCCGCUCCUGCUGCCCUACCCCGGGGACCCACUAGUCCAAGGGCACCCAGGGGGUCUGCCUUCACUCCCGUGGUCAGUCAGCAACCACCACAAGCCCAACAGUAUCAACAACAACUGCAACAGCAAUUGCAGCAGCAACAGCAACUGCAAAAGUCUAAUUAUCAGCUACCACAGCAACAUAUACAGCAACCAAGACCUCAGCAGCAGCAGAAACUGCCACAGCAGCAGCAAUUUUACCACCAAAAGGGCAAACAGCAACAGCAGUUGCAACAACAUGCACAAAGAGAGCAGCAUCAAAGGCAGCAACAGCAACAGCAGAAUCGGCAGGCAGAACAGACGCCAGAGAAACCAGCACCUCAUCCAGAGAAGAAAAGCAAAAGAUCUCUUUUGAGCGGCAUCUUCAGGCGUCGUAGGAAGGAGGUGAGCAGCAGUUCAAGCAGCACCUCUAGCAACAGUGAGAGCGAGGAGCCUCCACAACGACGGUCAUUUCUUCGUCGCCGAGCUAAGAAAAAGGAACCUAAAGACAAAGAUCCUUCACUUCCGCCUGCACCACCAGCAAUGCCAGAUGAUGCAUUGUCAUGGGGCAGUAUGCAGGUCACGACCGAUGCUGAUCCUGGACAAAACAGCGAGCCGCAUAUGCAGGAGACAAGUCGAGAAGGAAGCAGUAGGCGGGUGAGAGUAGUGCCCAGCACUACUGGGAGUCUGGGAAGGGAAACACAACCACUUGGUAUUCCCUUGUUAAUGCCACAACCAGGACAGCUCUCCAAGAUCGGGGUUUCUGCAUCACAUGAUUCUUUACCAGUGAGUCUAGGCUCGUGGGCAGGGGGUGGCUCACAUGCCUCCCUCGGCUACUAUUCUGGGGGAGGGAUGGGUACGCGAAGCUCCAGCACAGACACCAUCAGUAAGAAGGAGAGACGGGAAGCCUUGAAAGCACGAGUGGAACGACUUCGUGAAAAGUUUAAGGAUACAAGUUCUGAUGAGGAAAAGGCGUCUGUGUCAUCACAUUCUAUGUAUGGCAGUGAAUCUAGUCUCUCUAAAACCAAUUCUCUCAGCAGACGUACAAGAGCAGCACGGACUGAACGAUUCCUUAGGCGGAAGUCACAAGAAUUGGAGACUCUACGUAAUGAGACUGAGAAAGAUCGACGAAACCGCGAGGUAGUUCAGGCCAGGAUUGAAGAGAUUCAGCGAGUUCGAGAAUUUGAAGCUGCAAGAAAUAAAAUUAAUGAGGAAAAGAAACAACAAAUCCCUGAGAAAAGUAGGCCAAAAUGGUCGGCCAAACUUGUUUAUCAGGAGUCGAGUGAAUAUGAAUCGUCAGUUCUCUUACGAACACCAUCAGUAAGUCCAGCGGCAAGCCCUCACAUGAAGGCCAAGUUCCAAGGUCACAUUCCACCCAGUGUCAGUGAUGUCAAAGAGACAGUUGUUAUGAGACAGAAAAUACAUACACCACACAUGUCUGUAACCGUCUCAUUGGCCCCUCCGUCGGCGACACCAAUGAGAAGAAGCUUUCAAGACUUCGAAACACCAUUUCAGAAUGAACUUAGAGGUCACAGAAGUGCCUCAUAUGAUAGCAACAUAAAUAGAAAAACCUUAAUGCAACCACCUUCAGGAAUUAAUUUUACUGGUUCUCCAACAUCUAACCUGACACCACUAAGCAAAUCUGGUCUGACUCCUCCAGCUCCACCUCCCAGAGACAGGAGCAGGAUAGUGUCACCAGCAGAUGGUAGGCCCAUGUCAUUUUCUUUUGAGAACCUUAACCAGGAAACUCAGCGUCCAAAUUCAAGCCAGUCAAGUAUGAGUAAUUUUACGAAAGGUUCCAGUCCCAGCCCAAGUGUCCGCUCUGUGCCGGCUUACCUAGGCCCAAGACCCAACAACCAGCCACUUGGACAACCUCCACCUAUGGUACCCAACCGGCGGUCCUUCUCUGAGGUGGAAUUAUCGCCCCAACAUCAGAUGCAGGUCAAGUCUAACUAUGGGGUUCCACCCAUCAGGCCAGCACCUCCAGCAUAUCCACAAACACAAUAUAGGUACACAGAUCAACCUCCGAAACCCUUACAGCAGAACCAGUAUUGCAGAAUUCAACAACAGCAGCAACAGCCACAGCAGCAGCAGAAACAGCAGUCACAGCAACAGUAUCAGAAACAGCAGCAACAACCACAACAACAACAUCAUCAGCAGGAGAAGCAACAGCAGCAGCAGCAGCAAAACCAGACCUGCAAUCAGCUGCGUUACUACACUGAUGAGGCUCCUCACUAUGCCAAGAUUAUUCCCAUAAGCAGUAUGCCUCCCUCUCCUUCUUCAGAUUAUUCUUCUUAUGUGAGUGACAGUAGUGUUAGGCUUCAACAAGCUAACACUAUAUGGAGGCAAAAGGAGCAGGAAAUUAAAAAUAAAGUAACAACGACGCAGGGUAUUGUUUCUCAAGUUAUGAGUGACUCAUCACGCUCCAACAGUCCUAAAGUGGAUGGUUAUUGUUCCAAUGACGUUACUACAUCCCCGGUGACGCAGCAGAAUGAAGACAUGUAUGGAAUUAUUGAAACUAAGAAGCCUCGUCCCCCACCUCUAACCUUGAAACAAGCAGAAUCUCUCAGCUCACUAUCUGGCCAAAGUGAUGUUUCCAGUCCUCUCCCAAAAGCUCCUGAUUCAGAUUCUAGCCAAAGUAGUCUAGCAAGGGAGAAGAAGAAACUAAUACAAAACAGACCACUGUCUAUGGUACUGGAAAAGUCCGAGUCAUGUGAGAAAAUGUCUCCUCCAAGUACACCAAAGUCGCGGCCACAACCUCCCCAGAGAGGUAGUAAGCAGAUGACCACACCAGGCAGAGAGAUUACCAAGCGACAAAUGUUCCAGGAGAUCAUGAAACACAAAUUAGGACAUCCGCAGGAAAAAAACUACCAAAAGGAGUUUGAAGAAAUGUACAGAAAAGAAAAGGAAAGAUUAGAAAGGACCAAAUGCAGUAAUUUUGAAGAGGCAUUAAAAGAAUUGGAAGAGAUCUACGCCAGUUUGAAGUUGGACAGCGAAGACCUUCUAGACCGGGCAGAACGGAGAGACCUGCCCGUCCAGCACCAGAAGCUUAAAGAUAAUGGACAAGAUGCACAUGGCUCAGUUAGCGAAACUGGAGAGACAGAUUCUGCAGUGCAUGGUCGAGGUAGAUCACGAACGCCAAAACUGAGGAGAGCUGGAGUGCCUGAUGUAAAGGCUGAUGACAUGCACUACCGCCGGUGUCAGCAGAGCUCCCGUAACCAGCCAGAUGUAGAAAAGGCGCUACAAAUGACUGGUAGCUAUUUACUCGUGUCUGCCGUCCAUGCACCUCCCACCGACAUCGAUAAGAAUUUGCCGAAGGACCCCAUGCUGGAGGGACAACCCGAUAUUGUAUAUGAUGAUGUAUCAUAUAGAAAUAUCAAGCAAGCUAAUUCAAUAAAAGUUAUAGAUCCACAGCCACCAUUUGGAAUCCCAUUGGGGCCAACUACCCAAGGAUCCCCAAGUGAUUAUUUACAUGUGACACCAAAAGAGAAUUAUAGACCUAAAAUGAUUGCCAGGAAAGAGCCAGACAUAGCUAUGGACGACUUAGCAUUCAGAAAUCUUCGUAAAGAGAAAAGGGACCAAUCUAACAAAGAAGUAAAUGUUUCUGAGCUGGAUGAACUCCUAUCAGUGUCCAAUAAUGGGUCUCCCAUGCACAGGAAAAGAGCAGUUCGCUCAGCGUCAGCUGACCGAGCACAGUCUCUUAGAGAACACCACUCAGACAGUGCAGCCUACAGCAGCAGUGAUAAAGGGAUGAAGCUGCAAACACCAAGACAAGUGAAACAUCAGAGUGAGGCCCGUCGUUCUGGACGCUUCUUCGGCACCUACAAAGAUGCUGUGACUGAUAGAGACAGCACUGUAACUCACCCCGCUGGUGCACGUCACAACCCAAGCUGGCUGGAAAGGGCACAAUUGCUGGACAACAAAUGGGAUAACUUAAGCACAAAUAAUUUAAGCACUAGCACUGAGACACUGACAGAACUGUCUUCAGUACGAGCCGUGUCACAGCCAGACAUUCGGCAAGCCAUAAUUCGCGAAGCUCGAGUUCCACCAGGAGGACCUCAAGAAAUAAGAGAGGCACCACAGACGGUUACUGUGACUUGCCUCACUACCGCCACCACAGCCACGGCCACCAUCGCCACCAUAGCAGCUCCAAAGAUAGUCACAGUACAAACUAUUCAGAGUGCCCCAGUUUCACCCGUAGUGGUGGAGAGGAAGCCAUACCGACCUCUAGACACCAUCUUCAAUAACAAGGCCAAACCCUUCUACUUGGCAGAUGCCACACCCCAAGUUCAACAUCAGGAUCACGUGGAUAUAGCAAAGCUAGAUGCUCUCAUAUCCACACUCUCAAAAAUCGACAAUAAUGAAGACUCUUCCGAUGAUUCUUCUGUUACUUCUAAAACCCCGGAUCAACCACCGGUCACAGACUUUAAUGCUCAGGAACUCAAAAUAAAGGAAGAACCCACUUACGAAAAUGUAUUUGAGCCCCAAACCAUUGUGUCACAAUCCACUGUGAGUCGUAGCAUAGAGGAUGAUAAGAGCAGUGCCAAAGUGAAUAUCGAGAAGGCCAUCAGGUUGUCCAUGGCCUUGGAGUCUUAUAGCAGUGAAGGUAAACAGGUUUCUUCUCGUAGGCGUAGUGCUAUAGAGCUGCCAAUAAGAGACGCUGAACUUUCACAGCGUAGUUGCAGCACCUCUUCCACUAAUGUUCUUCAUUGCCUGAAUGUUAACCUCAGUAGUAGCCAGGUGCCGGCACCGAGCUCCCCGGAGAGAGUAACUCUUCCCUCGGAGCCGGAGUCGGCGCCAGCAAAAGCCUCAACUUGUACUGAUAGGGUAGAGUCUAUGAUUGUUGUGUCUCAAACUGUGCAUGAUACAGCCAGGCGUGCUCACUCACUACCCACCUCACCAAUGGCAGUAGACAGCACACCUGUGUUCAGCAGAGGUUAUGACUUGUUAAUAGAUGGUUCAAAAGAAUCCAGUGUUGAUGAGGUAAUAUCUCCCUCAGAGAACUGUAGUUACAGCAAAUAUGUGACCGCUACGCCUCCUUCCUCGGUGGUAAAGAGUGUAGAAUCUGUAAGCGAGCCUCUGUCUCCUCAGUCCCCCUCUGAUAUCACCCAUCCAACUCUCUUAGCACAAAAACUAAUCAUAAAUCAACAAGUUUUUAAUGCAUGCGACAAUGAGAAUGUCUCCCAAAUAUCUGACUGUAACGAUGCUCUACCUCUGCAUGCUGCUGCACUCACUAUCAACGUUGAUGUUGAGCAUGAGUGUAGUGUGCCCGGAGGCUCGGCUUGCGGUGCCUCAGGUACACUAGAGGUACCUUCAUCAGUAGAGGCACCGCUGCCGCCUGUGCGCUCUUCCUCUCUACCCGCCUCUCCAGCUCUCCAGAGAACCCUCAGCAUCUCUUCGCAUCAGCUUGCUUCUGCAUCUUCGGGCAAUGCUGAAGCCUGGCUUAUUUCUGAGCAGCGUGAGCACUUAUAUCGUGGCGCCAGCGUGCCCCUACAGGGCAGAGCUGCUAGUGCCAGCAACUCUGAGAGUGAGGAUUUGGGUAAGGUGGUGAGGGCGGGGUCGCUACCUCCCACCUCAUACCCUCCCCAUGACGCUACCAAGACUGCCAGGGGCUGCCGACAAUCGGGUGCUCCAGAGCCACGUUGGUGUUCUUCAGGUGAGGAUCCAGAGUACGUCACAACUGGCCCGGAUUGCGCCUGUAUGCAAUCACUGUUGGCUGCCUGCUAUUUGCUUGCAUGUCUGACUCAGCUGGCUGGCAUUGAUGUGAUUACAGCCUUCGGUGUUCUUCUGGCUAUUGCAUCCGUGUUUGUCACGUUUGCACUAUGACCUGGCAGAUAUUAACUAAUCCUUCCUACUCAAUGUGUCUUUCCCACAAGUGUUCCCAUUUAUUUGUAUUCCUUUCCCUGAAGCGAACGCUUUAACUUCAGAAUUUUCAGAUUAUUUGUAGUCCCUACUUUUUGGUGGAAGACUUUUAUAUAUAUAUAUAUAUAUAUAUA